AGAAUAUAAAACCGUGAAGAAAAGCGUCGAUUUCUAAGAAGACGUCAUGCUUUCUGCAACUCCCCUGUAUGGCAACGUUCAUAGCUGGAUGAGCAAUGAAAGGGUCCGCAUGUGUGGAAUUAAUGAAGACAGGAAAAUUCCCGUUAACGAUGGCGAUGCACCGAAAAGCAGACUGGAGUUGAGGGAAGAAAAUCACCUGAAUCACAGUGUGGUGGAUGCAACUACAGCACAUCGCAUUGACAGUCUCGCAGCUCUGAGUAUGGACAGGUCUGGACUCAUGCGAGAAGGACUCAGAGUCCCCAGUAGUAUUGUCUAUUCCAGCUUGUGCGGACUCGGCUCGGAAAAAUCACGAGAUGCUACGAGUUCGAUAGCCGGGCUUGGAUUUACUCCUGAAAGAAAUCCAGAGAUACAGUUUAAAUCUAAUCCCCCCGAAGCAGUAGAAAACGCAGCUGUCUCUGGAAAAGCCCCGAAUGGCUUCAGCGCUAUAUACAAAACGCCACCUGGAAUACAAAAAAACUCUGUCCCGACAGGGGAAACACUGGGUUUGGACCGAGCUGCAGGUGACAAGCAGAGUCCCCUCGGUGUCAAUGGUGCUAGUUACCUAAGGCUCCCCUGGGUAAACCCCUAUAUGGAGGGCGCAACACCCACCAUAUACCCUUUCCUUGACUCACCAAAUAAGUAUUCGUUGAACAUGUACAAGGCAUUGCUACCUCAGCAGUCCACCUACAGCUUACCGCAGCACCUGGCUUACUCGCCCGUAUGUACGAACGGUGAACGUUUUUUAUACCUGCCUCCCUCCCACUACGUUGCCCCCCACAUCCCUUCGUCGCUGGCGUCACCCAUGAGGCUCUCGACUGCUUCGGCCUCACCGGCGAUCCCGCCUUUGGUGCACUGUCCGGAUAAGAGCUUGUCAUGGAAGAUGGGUGUCAGCCCUGGCACCCCUGUUGAUGCGCACGCCUACCCUCACAUCCAGAGCAGCAAGCAGCCCCGGGUCCCUGCUGCCAAGCCGGCCCCCGCCAACAUGCCGGCAGACCCCGCGCUCCUGCUGCCGGCGUCGGCAUCGCCGGCUCCCAAUGCCAAUGUGGAUUGCGCCAAGAUGGCCAGGAGCUCCGCGGAGAGCACCGCCUCAGUCAUACAGCACGUCGGGCAGCCCGUCGCCACCCCCGCAAAACACAGCAAUAAGGUGGCCAAAUCCUGCAGCCAGGAAGCCAACUUCAAGGCGAACGAGACCGCCCUGGCCUCCAGCCCCAUCUUCCUGCCGCCCAACGAGGCGUUUCGCUCCCCGCCUCUGCCCUCCCCCAGGAGUUACCUCCCAUACCCGGUGCCGGAGGGGAUAGCCAUCAGCCCUCUCUCCCUCCACGGGAAAGGACACGUGUAUCCGCACCCCGUCUUGCUGCCCAACGGCAGCCUCUACCCUGGCCACCUGGCUCCCAAACCCGGCCUCCCCUACAGCCCGCCGGCGGGGCGGGGGGAGUUCAUGACCUACCAGGACGCGCUGGGGAUGGGGAUGGUGCACCCCAUGCUGCUGCAGCAUUCGGCUUUGGAGAUCAAUAAGGAGGAGAAGGUGGAAAGGAGGUCGCGGUCUCACGAGAGGGUCCGCUAUGAGGACCCGGCUCUGCGGGGCCGGUUGCCGGAGCUCCUGGAGAGCAGCGGGAAGAUGCAUUUCGAAGUACCUGGUGACAAGAGCGUGAAAUUGCACCAGAGCUCCGGCCACAGUAAAAACUUGGCCAAAAGUGACAAACAUCUCUUCCCGGAUCUUCUGCGAGACGAGCAAGAGGCUAAAAGCGAAGCAAACGUAACGAAAGCUGGCUUUGCUGUGGAAAGCAGUAAUCAGGCUAAUGACCCUACAAAGCACAAGGUAGAGCAGGCGUCGCAGCACAGAGAUUUUAUUGUAACGAGAGAGGAGUUUGGAAGAAAUAAUGAUCUUCAUGAAACCUAUAAUUUCAAGCAAGCCCAGGGUUCAUCGGUGUUCGGCUUAAGGAAAGAAGAUCUAUCUGUGAGCCAGCCUAAAGAGAGAGUGACGGUCCAGCCUUCGCCUGCUUUCUUGGAAAGCGCUCACGAGAGCGAUGCUCCGGCUCUGGCUUUUGGCAAGGUGCAGGAGGACGCGAAGCCAUUCUGCAUGGGGACCGCGCCGCCGAGCAUCGACCCCAACCAGACAUAUACCAAAGACGGAGCCGACGACGCAGAAUCUGCCGAUGGCAAAAUAUUGAAACCCAAGCCCUCUAAGUUGGCCAAGAGGAUCGCAAACUCUGCCGGUUACGUAGGUGAUCGAUUCAAGUGUGUGACGACCGAACUGUACGCGGACUCCAGCCAGCUCAGCCGGGAGCAGCGGGCGUUGCAGAUGGAAGGAUUACAAGAGGACAGUAUUUUAUGUCUACCUGCUGCUUACUGUGAGCGUGCAAUGAUGCGCUUCUCAGAGUUGGAGAUGAAAGAGAGAGAAGGCCAAACAGCUACCAAAGACUCAGAGGUCUGCAGAUUCAGCCAGGCAGACUGGGAAAACUUGAAAGGAAACAGUGAAAAGAAGCCAAAGUCUGUCGCUCUGGAAGAUGCCAUUGCUGACCAAAAUGACAAUGACAGAUGUAACUUUACUAGUACAGAAAACAACCAAGGUCACUUUCUUGAAACUCCAGAGGGAAAAGAUCUCUCAAAUGAGAAAUGUUAUUUAGAGAGACAUUCUAUAUAUGAAAAAGCGGAAGACCAGCCAACAGAAGAUAUUGGCCAACAUCCAUGUCCGCGUCUGGACAGGAAGCGUAAACACUCUGGUGAGAGAGUGCAAAAUGAUGGCAGCCAAAAUGAAAACUUUGUGGAUGAACUGCAGGAUGAACUUAUAUCAAAAGCAAAAAAGAAGAAGAGCUCCAAAGAUGACUGGCCUGAGAGGGAAAUGACAAACAAUUCCUCUAACCACUUAGAAGAGCCCAAUUGUAAUGAGGUGACCAACCUGAAGGUGUGCAUUGAAUUAACAGGGCUCCAUCCCAAAAAGCAGCGUCACCUGCAGCAUCUUAGGGAACUAUGGGAGCAGCAGGUGUCACCAGAGAGAUCCCCGUCCGGCAAGUUGGGCCGGCAAAGCAGGAAAGAUUUAGCUGAGGCUGUUCAGCCAGAGGCCACUGCAAAGGUCAAAGACUUCACAGAAGAAAGGCACACCAAGAAAAGGUCAGAGGCCAAAAGCAAUAGAAGUUGGUCUGAAGAGUCCCUCAAAACAAGUGACAAUGAACAAGGCUUGCCCGUAUUCCCAGUGUCUCCGCACAUGAAGAGCCUUUCAUCCACCAAUGCAAACAGCAAAAGGCAGGCUCAGCCAAGCUGUACUCCAGCCUCGAGGUUGGCUGCCAAACAGCAGAAAAUUAAAGAAAGCCGGAAGACAGAUGGGCUGUACACAGACGAAGAGGAGGAUUUCCAACAUGCAUCUCUGCUGCAGAAAUACAGCGAGUGUGAGAAGCCAUCAGGGAAACGUCAGUGUAAAACAAAACACUUGGCACUGCAGGAGAGGAGAAGGAGGUCAUCUCUGACAGGGGAUGACACCACAGAUAUCGAAAAUGCUGAAGAUAAGGUCGCGAUAACGAGGAAAGUCAGGAAGCGACCAGAGCCUACUUCAGACUGCGACUCCUCGCCAGCCAAGUCGUACGAGCAGAAGCUGUACGAUCGCCUGCAGCAGACUCCCUCUUUGCUACCUGUCUCGCAGCCCUCGCAGCUGCCGAUCGCAAGCCCCCCUCAGGAGACCACCCCGAGCCGGCCCAUGCCGCCCGAGGCGCGGAGGCUUAUUGUCAACAAGAACGCGGGGGAAACGCUGCUGCAGCGGGCGGCACGCCUGGGGUACGAGGAAGUGGUUCUGUAUUGUUUGGAAAACAAGGUGUGUGAUGUGAAUCAUCGUGACAACGCGGGUUACUGUGCCCUGCACGAGGCCUGUGCCAGAGGCUGGCUGAGCAUUGUGCGGCAUCUCCUCGAGUACGGGGCUGACGUCAACUGCAGCGCUCAGGAUGGAACCAGACCAAUCCAUGAUGCGGUCGAAAACGAUCACUUGGAAAUUGUCCGCCUGUUGCUGUCUUAUGGUGCUGAUCCAACGCUUGCGACGUACUCUGGGAGGACCAUCGUGAAAAUGACCCACAGUGAACUGAUGGAGACCUUCCUCACAGAGUAUUUAACUGACCUGCAAGGUCGAAGUGUUGAUGACCCUGGUUUGUACUGGGAUUUCUACGGCAGCUCUGUGUGCGAUCCAAAGGAUGAAUCUGGAUUUGACAUCUUGGCAAAUCCGCCCGGCCCAGGUGAUGAAGAUGAAGAUAGCUUUAGUGAUGUGUUUGAAUUUGAAUUUUCAGAUGAGCCUCCCUUGCCGUGUUACAACAUUCAAGUGUGUCUCUCUCAGGGACCACGAAACUGGCUUUUGCUCUCGGACGUGGUGAAGAGGCUAAAAAUGUCAUCUCGCAUCUUCCGCUGCAACUUCCCCAGUCUGGAAGUUGUCACCAUCACGGAGGCAGAGUUUUACAAACAGACUUCCCUCAGCCAGUUGUUCUCUUGCGCUACGGACCUUGAAGCUUUUAACCCGGAGAGCAAAGAGCUGUUGGACUUGGUAGAGUUUACAAGCGAACUCAAGACUUUGCUCGGCUCCUCGCUUGACUGGUUGCAUCCGCACGAGGACCCUCCCUUCGACAUCCUCUGGUGAACCAUCAGGCCAUUUAAUGUACAGUGCUCUAUACAGUUACUUCUUUAUGUAUAUGUGUUCAAAUGCAAUUGUUUCUGUAAAGAAAGGACACUAUUAAAUAUGAAAAUAUCUUUCCUUUAUAUAAGAGAUCUGAAUUCCAGUUGGAUGGAUUUUGGAAGAAUUUUUUUUUAACUUCAAUCAGUUUUUACAAAAUUGUUAUAUAAUGUUUCUUUAAAUGCACACAGGCUUUGGGAUAAGUUUGUUAUUACUCGGAACACAUUUUUUUUUUUUUUUAAAGAACACACCCACACAUUGACUUUGUUUCAUACAAAGCACUGAUGACACAGAACAUACUUUUUCUAGGUGAUGUGAUCAAAGUCGUGUGGCUUGUUUGGGAGAUAGAAUUCAGUAAGGCACUUGGUGAUAUUAUUUUUGUUUUUUUGUUUACAGAGUUACCUGCUUUGGCCAGGUAAGCACUAUUGAAUAUAAUUCAAUAGUUUGUAAUAUAAAUUAAACCAUAUCCAUACGCAUCAACUAAUUGUAAGAACUUUUAUAUCCUAAUUUAAAAGCUGUGAAAUUUAGUUUUCACACAUCAAACCGGAUUGUUUAUAUAUGUUUAAACAUUUUAUGCUCUUUAUUUAAAGAAGACUUUGAACUAUUUUUUCUGUACCUUGUAAAAUAUUGAAAAACUAACAUAUGUUGAAGUUGCUUGAAACUGUACAUAAACUAAAUUUUCUGAAUUGUGUGUUUAUGUUUGAGAUCUGUGUUUUAACUUUGUAAGUAAAUCUCCUGCCUUUGUAUUUAUAUUUUACAAAAAUUUUCUUAAAGGCAAUAAAACUGUUGAGAAAU